UCAUUCUUAGUUCACCUCCGCUUGCAGACAUGCAGCUUCUUUCUGGCCUUUUUCUCCUGUUGUGCAUCUGUGCUUCAGAAGUGAACUCUUUAAGCCACGUACCUGUCCUCCUAUGGUCAACUGAAAGCUCUUCAUGGAGUACAGCGCCAACUGUAAAUGCUGGACAUAUUACUACGAGGCAGGAAUUUUAUCAAUUAUUGCAGCAAGAUGGUAGAACAGCAAGGCUCAUUGUCAUGUUUCUCCAAGACACCCUGAGCAUUGAUGACUUCACAUACUACAGCACGUCAUAUGGUAAUGAAAACCCACUGAAUAAUGUUCAGGACAUUUUGGAUUCAUCACCGGCAUCCUUAAUUCUGCCCUCGGUAGAGAAGGAGACAGUAAAUAACUUGCCACGUUACCUGAAACAGCAAGAUGACUGGAAUAUAGUCAAUGUGGACAAUUUCAAUGAAUCCUCUUUGCAUAUAGAUAACAAUAAACCAAACCUAAUUAUAAUAAGGCUACAGUCUAUACCCAGGUCAAAUAAAAUUUCUGCUGCUAUGGUCUUUGCAGAAAAUGAUAAACACAUUUGGAGGAUCACACAGGAACUGAAGCACAGAGGAUUCCAGUUUACUGCAAUUUACACAGGAAUGAAGCCAUUAAAAGAUGUUAAAACUUUCGACACAGUUUAUAAAAAGGGACGAGAGCUUCUUGCAACGGAUACCUCAAUUUCUUAUUCUCCACUAAAUGUGACAAAUGGGUCAGACGUCACUUGUAUCUUGCUUUAUGCAAAUAAAUUUGUCAUCACAGUUAACAAUUCCCUGCAACUUGAUUUGACAAAUGUUACAUUUGAAGAACCCUCGGCAAACACCGGUUUAUCGGAAUGCUCUGAUACAAAUACAACCCUGUCAAUAGUAUAUUCAUUGAUGAAUGAAGAACUCCGCACCCUAGAAGUAAGAUUUUACAUGACGAAUAUGUUCUACGCUGGCUCUGCCAGGAACUGGUUUAAGUUAGAGUCUGUGAUGUUAAUUCCCAAUCAAGAUAUUCUGAGAAAUGCUUCAUUUAGGACAACUUAUGCCUCAACACCUGCAGAGUACUCUUAUCAUUGCCAGCAAGUAGGGACAAGUUCUUUGUAUGGGGAGACACUAGUUCCUACCAAUGAUGCGGCAAAAGCAUGGGAAAUAUUCAUUUCUGAGUUUCAGAUUCAAGGAUUUAACAUCAAGAACAACGUGUUCUCGUAUGCAAGUGACUGCACGUCUUUCUUCACUCCUGCAAUCUGGAUGGGACUUGUGUCCUCUAUUAUCCUCUUGUGGAUCCUGUCAUACGGGAUUUUCAUGAUUAUGCAGCUAACAACAAAUGAUAAAUUUGAUGACCCUAGAAGCCAAGCACUGUCUGUUCCUCAAGGAGAAUAGAAUUCUAUGUUAGUUUCAUUUUAAGGAAUGUAAACUUAUUUCUACCGCAAAGUGGCGAAUUAUGAACUGAGAAGUCAACCCACUCUUGUCGAAAAAUAAUUUAGAUCCAUAGUACAGAAAACCCUAUUUCAGGUUCCUUUCUAUAUUCUUAGAAAAUCUUCUCUUUGAUAAUAACUGACACUUCUGAGUUCAUAUACAACCUUGUCUCCUAUUUGUCCAUCCAAUGACUUUGCUCUCUAUAUUGCAUUUACAAUUCUAUGCAUUAAAUAUCAUUUAUGCCUCUGUUUAGA